AUGGGUCUUACAUACAAUGUCUAUCUGAAUUCAGCCAAAAUCUUCGGCUGCAAGAAAUGCAGGACGCACCUGGCCGACUUUGACGACAUCAUCUCUCGCAACUUCCGAGGCCAGCAUGGCAAAGCCUUCUUGUUCUCCACCGUCGUCAACAUCAAGCAGGCCGAAGCGAUGGAGCGCAACAUGACGACGGGAAGACACAUUGUGCGAGACAUCAAAUGCAAGCAGUGCGACGAGACGGUGGGCUGGAAAUACGACAAGGCGUACGAAGCCAGUGAGAAGUACAAGGAAGGCAAAUACAUCUUGGAGUCCGAGCUGCUGUGUACAGUGUCAUGA